CGAACUCAACUCAACUCUUUUAUUAAUAAACCAAACCAAACUCAAACUAUAAUAAAAAUUAUGUUUUGCUCAAUUCUACUCAUUUACACCCUUUUCAUAAAUCUCAAAUUUGGACUAGUUGCUGCUUGCUAGAGCCCAAUUGUUCCUUCUUUGUUCUCUCUCACUCUCACCACCGCCUCUCCACAAGAAAGAAGGAAGGAAGGACUGACGGCCAUAAGCGAGCAAGCAAGCCCCCUCACAACUUCACAAACAUCCAAAACCCCCAUUCACCAAAAUCCAGACAAGCAACCUCAGCCAGCUACCAAAUCAAAACACUCUCCGUUUCCUUUACGUGUACAAUUCCACCACCACUUUCUUUUUCUUACUCCCCACGCUCACAAAAAAAAAAAAAUCAAACCCCCAAUUUCACCUCCUUAACAAAACAAAAAAUCUUCCUUAUCCCAAUUCUCCUCCUCUCUCUCGCUACGAAAAUGGUUCCCGUGGUUGUUACCCAGCUGGCGACGGGUCUCAGCGUCCUCGCCGGAGCAGUAAUGGCGAAAUCCCUGCUCGAAGACAAGCCCAUGUCCGGCCCCUUCCAACCCAGGUGCCCAUCUUGCAACGGCACGGGCCGGGUCAGCUGCCUCUGCUCGCGGUGGUCCGACGGUGACGUGGGCUGCCGGACUUGCGCCGGCUCCGGGCGGAUGGGCUGCAGUAGCUGCGGCGGGUCGGGGACCGGCCGUCCACUUCCGGUUCAAAUCUCUAUGCGGUCGCCCAAUCGCCCGUUUUGAGAAAGAUUGGUUCCAGGCGAUUUGUUCUCGGUUUCCACUCGCUUCCUCUUGGUGUAAUUCUCUAAUCUUAAAGAAACAUUAAACAAUUUGUAUGUAUAAGUGCUUGUGGGUAUAGUGGAAAAGAGAUGAAGCGAUUGGAGAUUUGGUAGAGAUGAACCACAAUAUAGCUUUUUCCAUUUCCUUUUGGAGUUUAUGAAUGAGAAAUUACUCUCUCUCUCUCAUGAGACUUCAAUUAUUAUUAUUCUCAAAUCUCUUAACAGUUUUUAUUGCAUUAUUUGAGGUGACUACUCAAAUUCUCGUAUGUGCAUUAUGUAUGGUCAUUACAUGGUUCAUUCAAUAGAUUCUUGGGUAGUUUCAAAGUGAUUUCAGUUAUUGAUGUGUUUUUAAUUUCAUAAAAUCAAAAUUGAGCCAAUUAAAUUAGAGUGUCCUAGUUGUGGACAUGUCCUGUAAUUAGGGCGGUUCAAUUUGAGUCGAGUAAGACCACAAAGUUGUUUUUAGCUAGUUGUUUCUUUCAAUUGUGUGGUAUGUAUCAAGUGUACAACUUUGAAAACAAAGUGGGGAGCUUUGAUUGUUGGGGUUGAUGUGAUUAUUAUUCUUUGAUUAUAUGUAUUUGGACUACUAAACAAUUCCAAGAUAA